CGAGCACUUUCAUAAUGUUCACGACAGGAUAGUCAAACAAAAGCUUCUUCCCAGUAUUUUUUUGGUUUGGGAUAUGAAGUGUUACAUCCUCGUCUAGGCCAGGCUGUAGGUGUUUUGUUUCCUUGGUGUUCUGAAGCAGUGAAGUCCUUAGCUCCCUGCAGCUCUCUACCCGAGAGAAUGUGUAAUCGAGGUGUUGCAGGGACUCUCUUGAUCAUUCUAGGUGCAAUUAUCCUAGUGGCUGCCAUCGGUUCUCCCUAUCUGGUGCGGAGACUCCUGAAGCAGCAACUACAAUAUGCCAACGGCACUACACUCUACACGUCUUGGGUGAAGCCCGUCACUAGAGAUUUUAAUAUCUAUAUUUUUAAUAUCACCAACCUUGACGACGUCUUGAAUGGAUCUGUACCACAGUUGGACGAGAUUGGGCCGUAUACGUAUGAUGAGUACACUGGCCCAGUACCAGACAGCAUCCGGUUUAGUGAUGAUGGCAAUACUGUGCGCUUCAACCAUCACGCCUAUUAUGUAUUCAAUGCAACGAAAACCAAUGCUGCAAACAAAGGAGUGCACCUCAAUCCCUUGACAGAUCAGCUCAUUGUGCCGAAUGUGCUUUUCCAUUCUGUUCUAGCGCUGUGCAAGAAUCCCUUAUCUAUCCUGGCACCGGUUUGUGGCUUGUUUGAGUAUGGCGUUUUGGCAGAUCUUCAUGUCCAGCCAUUCGAAACAAUAACGCCAGAUAAAUUGAUUUGGGGCAAGCAGACUAACUUCUCUGAGUUCAUGAAUGAGCUGUCACAAGGACUGAUUCCAGAAGUUUUUGGACUUUUGAAAAACAACACAGUGGGUCGUGAAAGCUCUAUUAAUACUGGACGCACAGAUGAAUAUGAAGUGGCUAAGUUCAUUACUUGGUUGGGACAAAAGGAAUUGGAUGCGUGGAACUCAAAAUAUGCCAACAUGAUUAAUGGCACCGCCGGUACGGUUUUCCGUCCCUAUUUGGACCGUGAUGAUGUGAAGCUGGUGUAUGCCUUUGUUGACCAAGUGAACAGGAGUUUCGACUUGCAGUACACGGAGGAUGUGAAAGUGGAUAGGAUUACAUGCAGGCGCUAUGUAUUGCCCGAAUCGGAGAUGGAGAAUGCCACACAGAACCCGGAGCAGGCUGGCUGGUUCGCAUUCGGUCCCAGCGGUCUCUUGAAUAUAUCGUUUAUACAAGGUGGCUUCCCUAUCUUUGUGAGCAAGCCACAUUUCCUCCAUGGCGAACCCCAGCUCCGUGACAAUGCCAGUAUUCAUGCUUCGCGUGCUCCCAUUGGUCGAAUCUUGGACACUGCGCUGGAUGUUGAGCCAAUCACCGGCGUUACGCUAAAUGCUGUCAAGACCCUGCAGACUAACUUGUACAUUGAACCCUACAGUGGCAAUUUGGCCGAGCACUUUGGCAUUGAAAAUAUCCGCCAUACUUACUUCCCUGUAUUCUGGAUACAAGAAUGUGCAACUAUCUUGCCUGGAGAUGCCGCCAAGCUGCACAAGUCUGUCAUCCUACCAUACAGGAUAGUUACCUCCAAGUACAUGUAUUUUGCUAUCGGUGGUGGAGGCCUUCUAAUCUUCAUCAGCACAAUGUUGAUAGUGAGUGGAUUGCGACGCUAUUGUCGCAGUGAAAGUGGAGAGCACCAGCCACUGGUCAAUUUCUCCGAUGACGAUGAGGAUGCACGAUGAUAAUUAUAGUUGGGAAGAUCACAGAGAUGAUACAACUUCUCUUCAAUGUCAACACAACUGCUGUAGUCACAACUGCUGUAUUCAGUAGUUGUUUACUAGUCCCCAAUGUACCAGUACCACUCUCUGUGUGUAUUGUUAGACAUGCUGAAGAUUACUGUUCGUACUAUGCUGGUGCACAUGCACUGCACAGCGUCAGCAACAGACGGCCAGCAGGCCAGCAGAUAUCCACAUGUUACUGACAGUGCUGCUGCUGCUUCACUGUAAGGUCAGUAGACAAUAGCUGUCACCAUGGGACAGCAGAGAAUAUUUAUUUGCCUUGAGUCAGAUUUUCGCGCUGGCCGCUUGCUUUUGCUCCAUCGCCAGCAUACAGAUACUUAGAGUGCGGGCUGUCCUGAACGCAUUAGUUUAUUUUACGUCGAAUAUGGUCUCGCUGUCUGGGACUGAGAGAUACUCUAUGAUGACAGCGCCGUUCCUGCUGCUGCUGCUGCGGCAUGGUAUCGAUGCACCUACAGAUAUGGUAGGCCUUCCAUUAAAUACAUCGGUGCCAUUGUUGCUGAUGAUGACGAUGAGACUAGUGACAUUGGCCUCUGUUUGUGUGCGCUAAUGCCGAUGCUCUUUCUGUACUUACCUACUUACUCAGCUUAACUUCCUAGCUCUUCGUUUACUAAUAAUAAAGUCUAGACCAAUUCGUUCUGUACUACAGAGCGUAUUCCACUUAGAAGCACCCGGGGUGUGCCAUCGUUCACAUUCAAGUGACAUAUCUCUAUCAUCAUCUUGUGCUAUGCAGCUGCUCUUGUCUUGGCUCUAACUUCCUAGUUUUUCAGCUCUGUAGGUAUUAUUUAAAAUACUGUUGGGUUCAUCUGGAUACUUCUGAGGCUUGUUUCAUCGAGCACCACUGCGCUGCUGCUGCUGGCUUUAUUCUAAAUGCCUUGCACACUGACAGCAUCCACAGCACAGAUCUGUUGCCUUAUUUUUCACUUUGAUAGAUUUUUUAAUACUCUC